CUCACGCUUAAAAGUGUACAGGUAAUUGUCUUGUUUGGUUGGAUUAGUAUACGGGGAUAAGAGCCGACAAGAGGACACAAUGGAGCGCCGCAGGAUUUUAAGACUUUCUGUGACUCUUUUACUUUCGAUGAACGUUUGUCUUUCUUCUGUCUAUGGGCAAACAUUUACAGCCGGUGGAGGGAAAAGGACAUUUUCUUUUAAACCGUCAAGCACAUGGAAGAGAACGGCAGGUAGAGGAGGCACACAGAAAACGGUUCAGAUACCACAAACAAUACAGCGGCCCCAGGCAGUGAAGAGACCACAAACAGUCCAGAUCCCCCAACCCGUCCAGCAAACCUCCCAGACCAAACUAAGUCAGGCACAGAGUCAACCAUUUGCAUUUGGACCAGAUCGAACACCACAACAGCAACAAAACCAACAACCACAACAACAAUAUCCAAAUCAGCAGCCGUCUAGUAAUGUGCAAUAUCCACAAACAGUUGGUUCAAAUCAACAACAGCAGCAGCAGCAACAACAACAAGGAGGCUGGCCGUAUCAGCGACAACAGCAGCAGCAACAACAACCCGACCCACAACAACAAUAUCAGCAGCAGCAACCAGUAGCACAAUCACCCUAUCAACAACAGCAAGAACCACAGCAACAAUUUCAGCCACAACCAACUGAAUCACAACAAAUAUACCAACAACCACAAUCUCAACAACCGGGACAGCAAGGUUGGCCACAACAGCCACAGCCACAAUGGAACAAUCCGCAAACAUCUCAGCAGGGAACUCAACCAGAACCAGCUCAACAGCAGUGGAAUAAUAAUCAGCAACCAUCACAACAAGCUCGCCAACCACCUCAACAGCAGCAGCAACCUGCAGUUCAGCAACAAGGCUGGAAUCAAGGACCUGCUCAAAAUCCAGAACCCCAAUAUCAACAGCCUAAUCAAGGACCACAACAACCGCAACAACAACAACAGUCAAACCAGUGGUAUCAACCCCCACAAAAUAAUCAACCUCAAGUAAAUACACUUGGUCAACAAGGUCAACAACAACAACAACAGUGGCCACCUCAACAACAAGAACCCCAGGUUCAACCCCAGCAACCACAGCAACCGCAGCAGUGGUAUCAAGGACCUGGAUCCCAACAACAGCAAUACCAGCCUCCCCAACAGAAUAACCAACAGCCUCAACAACAGCCUCAGCAAAACCAGUGGUAUCCACCUCAAAAUCAACAACAACAACAACAACAACCUGAUCCACAAAAUCAAUGGCAACAACAACAACAACAACCCCAGCAAGUUCAACCUGAUCCACAAAACCAAUGGCAACAGCAACAACAAAUGCAAAAUCAGUGGCAACAACCAGGUCCGUACCCACCGCAACAAUCACAGGGCAAUCAACAAAUGCCCGGUGGUCUUCCCGAAACAUUACAAUUAGGAACAACUACUCAAUCAAGCGCUUCAUUUGCUGAUUAUCUACAAAAUCAACAACCUGGUCAACAACAACAAGUUUAUCAGCCCCAGCAACCAGGUGUAGGUGUUCAACAACAACAACAGCAACAACCACCUUAUCAGCAGCCACAGGUUCAACAAAGACAGCCUUUUGUUGGCAAACCGGGACAACAAGGCGGUGUUCAGCCUAACGUUCAGAAUGUACCUGCUGCCCCUGUUAAGCCUAUUUUUGCCGGCAGACCCGACCCUAUUGCAACCCCCGCUCCUCAAGCGCCCUGGACCACUGCUGCUAUGAUCUAUCAGCCCACUACGCCCGCAUACGUGCCUCCUACCCCAGCUCCUGUUGUAACCACACCCGCUCCCCCCGUUUCCUCCACCGUGAUGGGUGAGGGAACCCUCUGCUACACCACACAGGAAUGUAAGGUGGGAUGUUGUUACGGACCUGAUAGACAGCUACUGGACAUGGCCACAUAUGGUCCCAACAGUUUAAAUCCCUAUCAAACUGCUGGAAAAUGUUGGGUCCGCACCCCCGGUCUUGGUGAUCGAUGUGACGAUCUCUGUCCGUGCUCUUUAGGAUUCACUUGUGACCAGGAUUACAACGCUAUCUAUCCGGGGGAUCCAAAAUAUGUAGAGGGAGGCAAAAAACUGUUCUUCAAACCUCCACGGCAGUGCAAGGAUUCAAAAAUCGUUAAAAUCAAGCAAGCUGCAUUCUGGGAAUGUUACAAAGACCACGCCUGUUCCGGAUUCCCUAAUGUGUAAAGACAGGAGAGAAGUGGCAUUGUUAUUAAUGCCGUUAAUAGUCAGAGGAGACUUCUCUUUUAUAUAUAUUUUCAAGAAUUUUCCUCCUUAAAAUCAAAAAGAAAAUGGUGGCCUUUACAACAUGGCGUCCAGUGUGUCAUGGCGACGUGUACGUGUGAUGUAGAAGAUAUGGAAUUAUUAUUUUCGUGGAGAAAACUGUGCAUGUGUGUCGUGUAUUUAUACAUAUGUAUCGCAAAUGCAGACAAAAGAGCCAUUUCAUUAACUUUAAUGUAUCAGAAAUCAUUUAAUUUGCAGUCAUUUCUCAGUUAUUUAAAAUCUUUACUCAGUCUUAUUAUACAUGUACACUCAAAUUCUAGAAGCUCAACGUCUUUUCUCUUUUAAUGUUUUCAAAAUCAUGCAGUUAAUAAUUCGUUCUGACUUAUUUAUUUUAACUUUAAAGAAAUGCUUUCUAAAAACGGUAUGUAUUUAAAUAGUGACUGUUUUCUUAAAUCGCAUUAACAUUACUAUAUAUGCGGUUUAAAUGAUAAAUAAAUUACAAAAUAUGCUC